UUGCAGAGUGAGCAAAGGAAGCGGAAUGCUGAUACCAAGUUAAAAUUCAUGACUAACAUCGACGAAUCCGACGAAGACCGCAAGCUGGGGACAACUGAGCCUGCACCGUUGAUUAUCAGCGAGGUAGAGUCGGACGACGACAAUUCGUCCUUAAACUCGGACCAUGAUGCGUUUCCAGACUGGCAAAAGCUCGUGUACGAGCGCCUUGCAGCGCGAGAUCAGACAACUAUGAAUGCGAUCAUGCUAAACUUCGAGAAGACGGGGAUCGUGGACCUCUCCACGAUUGACGCGCAGUUUCUCGACAACUUCCGGGGGGCCUUUGUUUCUGCGCAGCAGCACUUGCGGCGGAAGGGCUGUGUGGACGAGGAGCAGGUGAACGAGCAGUUCGGGAUCACAAGCAUGAUGCGCAUACUCUCGGGCCGAACGCUCUACGAGGAGCCCGUGUGCAGCAUGAGCCUCCUUGACCAGUUAAAGGUCACGGGGGCGGCGCCGAAGGGCGCGCUGCAGACAAACGGAGACGCCCUGCCGCUGCGUAAUGCAGACGACACGCCGCAGGUAAUGGCCAAACCACCCUAUGCAUCGCAGGUCCCCCUUGCAGACCGCAUCAGUAUGUAUGGGCUUGAUGGCUGUGAAUCUGGCGCAUCCAGUGAUUACGAAGAAGGCGAUGCCGCCGACGAGCUUCCCUUUUUGGUGGAUGACUUCGACCUGCCUUACUCGGGCCUGCAAAGUCCAGCUAAGAAGCGGAACGUGGACAAUAAUGAGCAAGAUCAGAGUAACAGUUCAAAAAGGCCACGAGUAGGCUAUUAG